AUGCCCAUCACAUGGGCUUAUAUUCGCAUGAUGGGCCACGCUGGACUAAAGAAAGCAUCGCAAGUUGCCAUACUGAACGCGAAUUACAUGGCUAGAAGGUUGGAGAAGGCAUACAAAAUUGUAUACAAAGACGAACAAGGCUUAGUUGCUCACGAAUUCAUUCUCGAUUUCAAGCCAUUCAAGAAAUCAGCUGGAGUAGAUGUUGUUGAUGUGUCUAAAAGACUGAUGGAUUACGGCUUCCAUUCACCCACAAUGUCAUGGCCAGUGCAUGAUUGUUUGAUGAUUGAACCUACUGAAUCGGAGGAUAAAGGAGAGAUGGACCGUCUUGUUGAUGCACUGCUCGCUAUCCGAGAAGAAAUCGCCAUGAUUGAACGAGGCGAGUUGGACAGAGAGCGGAAUCCAUUGAAGGUAUUUAUAAAUAAUAUUUGCAAACGCAGAUUUAAGCCGCAUCGUAAACACGAAAACGAUAUUGUGUAA